GCGCCAGCCACGUUGGACGCAGGGCUGCCCCGCGGAAAGGCCACGCCCUGGCUCCACAAUGCACUGCGGGCCGCGUCACUCGGAGCGGCGGGUACCGGCGUGGCAGGUCUUCUCUGUCGGUUGAAAUGUCUAUGAUUUUAUCUGCCUCAGUUAUUCGUGUCAGAGAUGGACUGCCACUUUCUGCUUCUACUGACUAUGAACAAGGCACGGGCGUGCAGGAGUGCAGGAAGUAUUUUAAAAUGCUCUCGAGGAAGCUUGCUCAGCUUCCUGAUAGAUGUACACUGAAAACUGGACAUUAUAACAUUAAUUUGAUUAGCUCCCUGGGGGUGAGCUACCUGAUGUUGUGCACUGAAAGUUAUCCAGAUGUUCUGGCCUUCUCUCUCCUGGACGAGCUUCAGAAGGAGUUCAUCACUACGUACAACCUGAUGAAGAUAGACGCUGCUGUCAGGCCGUACUGUUUCAUGGAAUUUGAUAACUUCAUUCAGAGGACCAAGCAGCGAUAUAAUAAUCCUAGGUCUCUUUCAACAAAGAUAAAUCUGUCUGACAUGCAGACGGAAAUCAAGCUGAGGCCCCCUUAUCAAAUUUCCAUGCGUGAACUGGGGCCAGCCAAUGGAGUCACAUCUGCAUUUUCUGUUGACUAUAAAGGUGCUGGUAAGAUUUCUUCUGGUCACCAGCGACUGGAACCAGCCACACUGUCAGGAAUUGUGGCAUUUAUCCUUAGUCUUUUAUGUGGAGCUCUGAAUUUAAUUAGAGGCUUUCACGCCAUAGAAAGUCUCCUGCAGAGCGAUGGUGAGGAUUUUAAUUACAUCAUUGCAUUUUUCCUUGGAACAGCAGCCUGCCUUUACCAGUGUUAUUUACUUGUCUACUAUACCGGCUGGCGGAAUGUCAAAUCUUUUUUGACUUUUGGCCUAAUCUGUCUAUGCAACAUGUAUCUCUAUGAACUUCGCAACCUCUGGCAGCUUUUCUUUCACGUGACUGUGGGAGCAUUUGUUACACUACAGAUCUGGCUAAGACAAGCCCAGGGUAAGGCUCCUGAUUAUGAUGUCUGACACCAUCCUUCAGACUUACUGCCUUGACGUCUGGGGAAAAGGAGGGAGCAUAUCUUAACUGCCACUGUGAUGAAGAAACUGUUCACCGCAAACAAGAAGCUCUGCUUUCUUUCUCUCCAACUGUCCUUUUUGUUUUAAGUCAGCAUGGCAUGCCUGUGAGCAUGCAAUAUCUGCUAGGCAAACUCCUCUCAGAAGAAUGCCAGCCAUGAGGAUUUUUACUCAGAAGAGAAGACUUCUCUCUGCAGGACUGUAAAAGUGGGAGAAGAGUCAGAUGCCAUUGGAAGACCUGACCAGCAUUCCUGAAUCCUCACUGAAGAGUUCAAUCAAAAAAUAUUGAUCUUUCGAGGAUUAAGCAGGAACUCUACAACCUGGGUUUGCCUUUGUGAGGCAUUAGUAUAGACCAAAUAAAAAGAUGCUGUAGUAAAUUAGAAAAUUUAUGUUUAAAACAUUACUUGCUAAAUAUCAGAUUAUUUGCACAUUUAUGGUACCAUGAGUUUAUCAAGUCCAGGAUGGUAUGGAAUUGGUUCUUUUUCCUUUUAUAUUUUUGCUUGAAUCUUAACUCUGGGAAUCACCUGAUGUAGGAGAGGCUUUGGUGAGCUCAUCUCUGGAACAUCACAAGUAUUGAAAAUAGAGUGACAUAUGUUUCCUUUCUAGACUACGUUGGUAGUUUCUUUUGAAAUCACUUAAAAAUAUGAUUUAUUAGACUAACUAAUAGCUCGUUUCUCAAACUUUAAUCACUUGAGAACUACAUGUACUGUUAUUUACUUAAUAUUUGUCUUUUAAAUUUUUAAAUAUUUUAAAAAGGAACUAAUUCUUCUGAGUGGAAACCCAGCAUCAGUUUGCCAUAAAUAAAAGGUAACUACAAAAUAAAUAAAACAAAAAAUGUUACUAAAUUCUAGCCAAAUGCUAAUGCCUGCCAAGGCUCUGAAUCCCAGAAGCCUGCUCUUUACAUGUUGCAGCAAGAGAGGUGCUACCCAGCACCAAAUAGGGAUCUCUCUGUGGAAUUAUCAGGAGGAUAAAAUAUAUAUAUAUAUAUUAUAUAUAUAUAAAGGGAAUGACAUUCUCACUGUGAUUCAGUAUUGUCUAAUUUAGUUGUGUACCACCUAAAAUCAUCUUGUGUGCCACUGGUGGUAUGGAAUCUGAACUGUACUGAGAUAUCAGAAGGUGACUUUUCUCCCAGCAACUCUUAUUUCAUGGUUGAGGAGUGAAGCACCCAGUAUCUUAGAGCUUACUUGCUUUUUGAUAACAUUAUAAAAAUUGUUCAAAGAGUUACGAAUUAAUAUAGGAAGCAUAGUUUUGAUUUCAUUAGCAAAAUGUACAACUCUGCUGGUUUUGGAAGUCACCUUCAUGCAUGAUUUCCUUUUGUUUUUUAAAGGAAAGAUUGUAAACAAGGAAUUCAUAAGGUACUAAAAUUUGAUAUCUAGAAGAAACAGUGGACCCAUUACAUGUAAUUCAUGUUAUAGGAUAUAUUUAUUAAACAGAAGAAAUAGUCCAGAGGAGUAAAAUCAUUGAGCUGCCUUGUUUGCCUGAAUGAAUAUACAUAUGUAGGUAUGUUGACAACUAUAAAAUCUUGCUUAACUAGGACUUUUUUUUGCUACACUCUCCUUUUAGGAGAAUGAGGCAAAAAGAAGAUAAUAAGCUUAUGAUAUCAGGGAUUUAUUUAAAAUAAGAAGCUCCAAUUUACUCCAAUUUUCUGCCUCAGGCAAAACUGCACAGAAAUUAUGUACGUUCUGAGAGAUACCCCAAGGUACCACAUGAUCCUAAAUCAGCAAAAUAAAAUUGACUAAUGUUUGGCAUUUUGUACUUACUGAGCCAGGAAAGUGAAGUGGCUCAGUUUAGAAAGGUUUUUCUAAACUAAUGGUUAAAAUGAGAACAGUUUUCUUGUAAAUAGUCAGUUAACCAGGAAGUUGGAACAUUCUGGUUAAUUGCGAUUUUGCUAUAGAUAUUUUAUAGCUCAAUUUGGUUCUCUUUAUCACUGAAUUAUUGAGUUAUAAUGUUUGGUAUUUGGAUCCAUUCAUCAAGGACACUUGAAAACUCACCAGCUAUCUUUAAAGGCUUAAUUUUUUUUUGGUUUUGUUUGUUUGUUUUUUCACCAGCUUUUUUGGAAAAGAGGCUGUUUACAUCUUAAUGUAAAGAAAAUGAAAACAGGUAUAAAUAACGUUUUAUGCAUAGAAAUGCUUUCUUUCAUUAUUUGGAACAUGCAUCUCUGAGUGUUUAUAGUAAAUUUCCCUGCCUCUAUCUUGUUGUUUCCAAAGAAACUAUGAAUUUGGAAAGAAUCACAUGGGCCUGUAAUGUGUAUGAUAGUAAUAUCUUGCAUUUAUGCCACAGUUUUACUUCUAAGAGCAGGUCUGCAUUUACCUCAUCAUAACGAGGUUUGUGGUGUAGAGGAAGUAGUAGUUGCCCUGCUAUGAAGGGGGAAACUAAGGUAAUUAGGUGUUAAUGAUUGACCUGGGGUCCUAGAGCCACACACACACACACAACUUCUAAUCUCAGCCCAGAGCUCCAAUGGAAACUAAUGAAGAUGACUAAAAUUAUAUUCAGGGAAUAUGUCUGUUCUUGGUAAAAUCAAGGAAUUGGGGACUUCUUAAUGAGCUCAGGACUGCUAUUGUUAAAUCUAGGUGUAUGAUAUCUUACUUGAGGUAAUUCUGAAAUACUGUUUUUUGAUUAAGAGCAAAGAUACUCUCUUUUAUAUCCUAGAAGAAAUUGCAAUAUUUGCUUGUUUUUUUGAUCUGUAUUUGAAAUGUACUUAUACCUAGCCUCUUUCCCAAAAGAUUUUGAAGCAGCAUGCUAAGCAAGAAAGGACAUAUACAAUAUUGUUAAUAAACUAUGAAAAGAAAGGGGAGAAAAUCAAGAUCAAUAAAAAUGUAAGGAAGGGUGAACACGUUAUUUUCAGGUGUAAAAUUUGACUCAUGAACUUCCCGGAAGUCAAGGCUAGAAGAGAAAUGAGUUUCCAUUGCUUAAACUGUAAGUCAAAGUAUGCCAGUUCCUCAGCAGACUUCUCCCUGAAUUCUGGUGAAUAUAUUCACGCUCACGGGUCCUGUGAAAUGUUAAAAUUGAACGAAAUCCUCAAUUAUUUUGUGCACAUUUGUAUAUUUUGUUUGCGCCUUGCAUCCUCAACAUGUUACCAGCUUUCAAAGGUUUUCAUUUCAGGAUAUUUUUAUGUGAUCAAUAGAGGAUUUUGUACUCAAAAAUAAGAAUUCUUAUCCUAAGCUAAGAACAUAUAUCUGUGUUAAAGCUUGAAAAUCCAUUCGAGACAAAUGCCUGGAGAUGUGGAUAACUUUACCCAACUUUGUAAUUUCAUAACAUAUAAAGUAAUUGUGCUUCCCUCGGAUUAGCACAUUUAUUUUGUAUUAAAUGUGAUAUUUUUCACAGUGGAA